UAAUCCCUAAUCUAAAAGUCUGCCAUCGGUGUUUAUUUUUCCUGGACAACUGCUUAACUAACUUGUUGGAUUCACAAAGGGAUAAAACUUUGUGACACACGGCAUAUCUACAAAACGUGAGAGACUCUUUUUGUUACAAAUUAUUUUGCAAUCUGUAUAUUAUUCAACAUCACACUGCACUUACGAAGAUGGCUGUUGUCAUCAAGAAGAAAGGUCAUUUGCUUUGGUUCGGCUUGCUUUUUGGAUGUCUUGUUAACCUUGGGGUCAGUUUAGAAUUUACUGGAGCUGCAGGACAGUGGGCAAGGUUCCCAAAGUGGAAUGCAUGCUGUGAAAGUGAGAUGAGUUUUAAUAUGAAGACCAACAUUUCCAGUAGUCUACUGGUUUACUUUGAUGAUGAAGGAUUCUGUGAUUUUCUAGAACUCCUAAUUGUUGAUGGAUACCUUCAACUUCGCUUUUCAAUUUUCUGUGCUGAACCAGCUGUUCUACAGUCAGAUACUAAAGUGAAUGAUAGUAUUUGGCACACUGUAGUUAUUCAGAGGAAUUUCAGGAAGACAACAUUAAUAGUAGACAAAGAGAUCAAAACAGUUGAAGUGAAGUCAAAGAGACGAGACAUGACAGUCUUUAGCAAAUUAUAUAUUGGUGGAAUUCCACCAGAAUUUCAUUCAUCGGUACUAUCAUUAACAUCAACAUCAGUAGGAAGUCAAGAACCAUUCCAGGGAUUAAUAACUGACCUCAAGGUUGGAAAUGGGACUACGACACUCAUUGAUGGUCAAGGAAUCAAGAUGGAUGAAAAUUAUCUUUGCACAAAUCACAGUCUAUGCCUAAAUGGAGGAACUUGCUCUGUUGUACAGGAGAAGGCAAUCUGUGAUUGUUCCCACACUGGCUUUCAAGGAAAAGACUGCAGUGAAGAAGACAACUAUGUUGAAGGUCUGGCGCACCUGAUGAUGGGCGACCAAGGUAAAAUAAAAGGAGUUAUCUCUAGCAACAUCUACAGGACUGGAAGAGAAGAAUAUGUUGCAACAUUUAAAGGAUCAGAAUACUUCUGCUAUGACUUGUCACAGAACCCAAUCCAGAGUAGCAGUGAUGAAAUAACAUUAUCAUUCAGAACCCUUCAAAGGAAUGGUCUAAUGCUUCAUACAGGGAAAUCUGCAGAUUAUGUAAAUCUGGCUUUGAAAGAUGGUGCUGUCUCACUGGUCAUUAAUUUGGGGUCAGGAGCCUUUGAAGCUUUGGUGGAACCUGUGAAUGGAAAAUUUAAUGACAAUGCCUGGCAUGAUGUGAAAGUAACCCGGAACCUCCGUCAGCACUCAGGCAUCGGACACGCUAUGGUAACAAUCUCAGUAGAUGGAAUACUGACAACAACGGGCUACACACAGGAGGAUUACACCAUGCUAGGCUCUGAUGACUUUUUCUAUGUCGGGGGCAGUCCUAGCACUGCUGAUCUUCCAGGUUCACCAGUCAGCAAUAAUUUUAUGGGUUGCCUAAAGGAGGUUGUUUACAAAAACAAUGAUGUUCGGUUGGAAUUAUCACGGCUCGCAAAACAAGGAGAUCAGAAGAUGAAGAUUCAUGGAAUGGUGGCCUUCAAAUGUGAGAACGUUGCAACACUAGAUCCAAUCACAUUUGAAACCCCUGAAUCUUUUAUCUCGUUACCAAAGUGGAAUGCUAAAAAGACGGGCUCUAUUUCAUUUGACUUUCGUACCACUGAGCCAAAUGGACUGAUUCUUUUUAGUCACGGCAAACCACGACACCAAAAAGAUGCCAAAAAUCCCCGAAUAGUGAAGGUCGACUUCUUUGCUAUUGAAAUGCUUGAUGGACACUUGUACCUUCUUCUAGACAUGGGAUCUGGUGCUAUUAAAACAAAAGCCACUCAAAGGAAGGUGAAUGAUGGAGAGUGGUAUCACGUGGAUUUUCAGAGAGAUGGACGAUCAGGUACUAUCACCAUUAACAGCAAGCGUUCACCAUAUAUGGCACAUGGGGAGAGUGAAAUUCUGGACCUGGAUGAUGACUUGUAUUUAGGUGGACUACCUGAGAACAAAGCAGCUCUUAUUUUCCCUACAGAAGUAUGGACAGCUCUUCUUAACUAUGGAUAUGUAGGAUGUAUCAGAGACUUGUUCAUUGAUGGCCAAAGCAAAGAUAUACGGAGAAUGGCUGAAAUCCAAAAUGUGGCUGGAGUUAAACCUUCAUGUGCAAAAGAAGGUCCAAAGCAGUGCCUUAGUAAUCCAUGCCGAAACAAUGGUGUUUGUAGAGAAGGCUGGAACAGGUACAUUUGUGAUUGCUCUGGAACUGGAUUUCUUGGCAAAUCUUGUGAGAGAGAAGCAACAAUACUGAGUUAUGAUGGAAGCAAGUUUAUGAAAAUCCAGCUACCUGUUGUAAUGCACACAGAAGCAGAGGAUGUAUCAUUGCGGUUUAUGUCCCAAAGAGCAUACGGAAUCUUAAUGGCAACAACUUCCCGAGAUUCGGCAGAUACUCUGAGACUGGAACUUGAUGGUGGUCGUGUCAAACUAACUGUCAACCUAGACUGUAUCAGGAUUAACUGUAAUAACAGCAAGGGUCCAGAAAUGCUUUUUGCUGGACAAAAUCUCAAUGACAAUGAAUGGCACACUGUUCGUGUAAGUCGCCGAGGAAAGUCCCUGAAGCUGAUAGUGGAUGAACUACAACCUAUUGAAGAUCAAAUGACAGGAGAUCAUACGCGCCUCGAGUUCCACAAUAUUGAAACAGGCAUAGUGACGGAGAGACGAUACAUGUCAAACAUCCCUUCAAAUUUCAUUGGUCAUUUACAGAGCCUAAUGUUCAAUGGCAUGCCUUACAUUGACUUGUGCAAAAAUGGUGAUAUCGACUACUGUGAGCUCAAUGCCAGAUUUGGUUUAAAAAAUAUUAUUGCUGACCCUGUGACCUUCAAGACAAAGUCCAGCUAUGUAGCACUGUCCACGUUGCAAGCCUACACCUCCAUGCAUCUGUUCUUCCAAUUCAAGACCACAUCAGCUGAUGGACUGAUACUGUUCAACAGCGGGGAUGGCAAUGAUUUCAUUGUGAUUGAACUCGUUAAAGGGUACUUACAUUAUGUAUUCGAUUUAGGUACUGGCCCUUCCCUCAUUAAAGGUAACUCUGACAAACCACUGAACGAUAAUAAAUGGCACAAUGUGCUGAUUUCAAGGGAUGCAAGCAACUUGCACACUGUGAAGAUUAACUCCAAACUCAUCACUCAAAACACAGUCGGAGCCAGAAAUCUCGAUCUGAAAGGAGACUUGUAUAUUGGAGGAAUUGCCAAAGACAUGUACAAAACAUUACCAAAGCUGGUGGCAUCGAGGGAGGGAUUUCAAGGCUGCUUGGCUUCAGUAGACCUGAAUGGACGACUACCUGACCUAAUUUCUGAUGCUUUGUACUGCAAUGGGCAGAUUGAACGGGACUGUGAAGUUGCAAUGAUGAAAGCUGACUUGCAAGGACCAAGUACAACCUGCCAAGAGGAUUCCUGUGGAAACCAAGGUGUCUGUCUUCAGCAGUGGGAUGGCUUCAGCUGUGACUGCAGUAUGACAUCCUAUACGGGAACCCUGUGCAAUGACCCUGGCACAACAUACAUCUUUAGCCGAGGUGGUGGACUAAUCACUUAUACAUGGCCCCCUAAUGACAGACCAAGCACCCGAGCAGACAGACUGGCUGUGGGAUUUGACACACACGUAAAAGAUGCCAUUUUGGUGCGUGUAGAUAGUUCUGCAGGGCUUGGAGACUACCUACAGCUUCACAUUAAGCAAGGUAAAGUGAGGCAAGUUUUUUUUCCCCACUCAGUAACUCCUGACAUCACCUGUGAGCAAUCAAAUGGAGUGGCAAAUGGUGGCAAGUACCAUGCUCUUCUCUUUACUACCUCACACUCAUUAGUGACUAUCCAGAUCCAACACUGGCCAAUUGUGGAGUUUUACCCCAAUGGAAACAAUGAUAACGAACGCCUGGCGAUUGCUAGACAGCGAAUCCCAUAUCGACUUGGUCGAGUAGUUGAUGAUUGGCUACUCGACAAAGGACGGCAACUUACAAUCUUCAAUAGCCAAGCAACUAUAAAAAUUGGUGGCAAGGACAAAGAUCGUCCAUUCCAGGGACAGCUAACUGGCCUGUACUACAAUGGCUUGAAAGUACUUAAUAUGGCAGCUGAAAGUGACCCAAACAUCAGAAUAGAAGGAAAUGUGAGAUUAGUAGGGGAAGCAUCCUCAAUGACGACAGAAACAACAACAACAUCAAAGCCAGCAGAAAUAUCAACCACCAUUAUGGAAACUACAACCACCAUGGCCACUACUACCACCAGAAAAGGAAGGUCUACAACCACAAGAGAUGUCAUGACUCAGAGCACAGAUGAUCUAUUGGUUGCAUCUGCUGAAUGUCCAAGCGAUGAUGAGGACAUUGAUGAAUGUGAGCCAAGCUCAGGUGGGUUAGCAAACCCCACCGGACCAGGUGGCAGAGGCUUUCCAGGAACAGCAGAAGUGAUUCGGGAAUCGAGCAGCACCACAGGAAUGGUGGUUGGGAUUGUGGCAGCAGCUGCUCUUUGCAUUCUCAUCCUCCUGUAUGCUAUGUACAAGUACAGGAAUAGGGACGAAGGCUCCUACCAUGUGGAUGAGAGCAGAAACUACAUCAGUAACUCCGCUCAGUCCAAUGGGGCUGUUGUGAAAGAGAAGCAGGUGAACAAUGCCAAAACCUCCAGCAAAAACAAGAAGAAUAAGGAUAAAGAGUACUACGUCUGAUUAUAUAUUCUGAAGAGGGAAACGUGUAAAAGAGAAAAGGAAAACAAAAAAAAACUUCAUUUUAUCAAAGACUUGGUUAAACUGAGAUUUACUUUUUUGCAAAGCACACAGGAUAAGGACAGUACACAUUAUCGGGAAGAAAAGACGAUGGUUUGUAAAGUAAGCAUUAAUAUUUCAAGCUGGUUGAAGUCUCCUACUUGUUCACAGUGUUUUCAUUCGCUCCAUCUUCUCGUUGUCUGAACUUUACUGUGGAGACAACAGCAUGAAGCAUUCAUAAAGAAGAGUAUUACAACAGUGCACAGAGAAUCUACCUGUUACCCAUGAGUUUUCAGCCAAAGUGCUAAACAAUUGUGCAACAUGACAGAAAUCUCAUUACUCCAAGAAACUUAAAAAAAACAAUAGUUAGCAGACCCUUGACAAUAAAGAGUUUAUCAUCUUUACAUCCAUGGGCGACCUGUGUUUAAGUGCUGGCUACAACAUAAGACUAAUGUUAAAAUAGUAUAAAGUGGAAUAAUCCCUUUCUGGUUGUAAGUCGUGAGGAAAGCCUUAAUUUCAUCCACAGGAAAUGUAAGGCAUGGAUAUACACAGAUGAAAGAGAGCAUAGAUACAAUCAUUUGAAAAUUUUCAUGCACGCUAAUAUGUUAUUACAUACAUUUAUACAAACACGUAUAUGUGCUUUCUGGACUGUGAUGAGUGAUGUUUUAUAGCCUGUUGUAUAGACAAUGCAAAUAUCUCUGCUAACCAGACAUUUUUUGGUAAACGUAAUGUUAUAGCUGUAGCUAGGUUUAGACAGGUUUGAAGUUGUUGAUGACAUCUGCAAUGUUCAAAUGUUUUUUGCAGCCGUCAUUAAUAGUCUCAAACUAUUUUUUUUAAUUUUCAUUGUAUUGAAUGUCUACCAUACAUGU